AUGGAUUCAUUUAAAAAACAACGUCAAGUAAUCAAAAGCAGUCUGACACGAAUUCAAAGUAUUUGUGCAGAUACAAAUACGACAAUUGACGAUUUAAAAGUGCGUAUAGAGCGCGCUGAAGAAUUAUUCAAGCAAUACGGCGAUAUUCAGAAUGAAAUCGAUCUUCUUACAACAACGGCUAGCGAGCUUGAGCAAGAGGACGAGUAUCGGGCCGCAAUUGAAGAAAAGUAUUUUACAAUUAAAGCAAGCUAUUCACGUGCGCAAGUAGAGGAUGGUAAUGCGACAAUUAUCGAGAAUCAGCAAUCUCCAAGAGAUAUUUCGACAGCAAUGCAAGCAUUAAUGGAGCAUCAGGGCACCAUGGGCGCGUUAAUUGAACGCAUUUCACAAAACGUAAGCAGUGAUGGUAGAUCUUCGUCAUCACCAGCCAACACGAUAAACAAUUUGCAACAGCUGCCACAACAAGAGCUUCGAUUGCCACGAAUACAAAUUCCUGACUUCGAUGGCAAGUGCAUCGAGUGGAUGCGAUUCCGCGAUCUAUUCGAAGCCAUGGUUCACAACAAAACUAACAUUUCAAAUGUUGAGAAAUUGGAAUAUUUGCAAACGAAGGUAAAGGGUGAUGCACUGUCACUCAUAAAGCAUAUGCAACCAGCAAAUGCAAAUUAUGAAAUCGCUUGGCAACUAUUGAAGAAAAAAUAUGACAAACCUGACAAUAUAAAAAAGGCUUAUUUUGAAAUUUUGUUUGAUCAACCUGUGAUGAAAAUUUCAUCAGUUUCUGAAGCAAAACGUUUGUAUAACACAACCAACGAAACCAUAAACGCACUAAGGGUGCUCAAAGAGCCAGUAGAGCACUGGGAUUCAAUUUUACUUUUUAUACUUGAGAAAAAACUAGAUUCUGAAACUCAUACUUUGUGGUAUCGAGAUAGAAAGUCGGACGAAUCGACAACUAUACAACAUUUUUUAAAUUUUUUGGAAAAGCGUGUAUUUGAACUCGAAAAUACAUCUAAGGGCACAAACCACCAAUCACAUCAGAGUUACAAUAAGCAAAAACAAUCACGCACCUUUACUACUGUUAUGCAGGCAUGCCCUGUUUGUUCUUCGAAUCAUCCACUAUACAACUGCAGUAAAUUUAAGGAACUCAACGUAGAAGCAAGGCGAAAGGUUGUCCAGCAAGGCAACAUGUGUUUUAAUUGUUUGCAAGCAAAUCAUCAGGCUGUGAAUUGCAAACGAUCAUUUUGUCGUAAAUGCAACGGUAAGCACAACACGCUUCUGCACUUAGAUCGGUCGUCGACAGAGAAGCAACAAACAAGUGCAUCUCAACCACCAGUACGAAGUGAAGAAUCUACAAGCAUUAGUGUGAACAGUUUGCAAUCAAGUCCACAGUCAAUCACGUUGCUCCCAACUGCUUUGGUGAUGGUUGAGGAUGCGACUGGUUCACUGCAGCAAUGUCGCGCCUUGCUGGAUUCAGGAUCACAAGGCACACUUAUUUCUGCAGCAUGCGUGCAACGUCUUCAACUAAAACCCAAAUACGACAACACUAUUCUCUAUGGAGUAGGAGCAACGGAUGGAAGUCGCUCAAAAGGAAAAGUGUACAUAAGCAUUCAUGCACUUCAAGGCAAGACCAUCUCAACAGAGGGACUUUGUUUAUCAAAUCUAACACGGAACUUACCUUCAUAUAAGGUCUCCAGCCAGACCACAGAGUUUUUUAAGCAUUUGGAAUUGGCUGACCCGUACUACGAUAAGCCAGGUCGCAUUGACCUUAUUCUCGGAGCAGAUGUUCUAGCCGAUUGCAUCUUACCAAGCAUUAUACCGCACCCCAGUGGCUCACCAUCGGCAAUGCACACAAUUUUUGGAUGGGUUUUGAUCGGUAGGCUGUCAUCCGAGAACGAACAACAUAUCAUUACCGCGCAUACACUCAUGGAGAUUAGCCAACAGCUGCAACAAUUCUGGGAGAUUGAGGACGUUAAGGGCCCGCUUCAGCAUCUCACCCCUGAUGAGUUAGCAGCUGAAAAUCAUUAUAAACAAUUUGUUAAGCGAGACAAGUCUGGAAGAUAUGUAGUUAAACUUCCAUUGAAAAACGAACCGCAACUCGGUGAGUCACGUACCAACGCUCUAAAACGUUUUUUAGCUAUGGAACGACGUUUUCAUAAUAAUGCUCAGCUCAAGCAAGAAUACCAAAAAUUUAUGUUCGAUUAUAUCACGUUGGGCCACAUGGAGCCGGCUGGUAAUUUCGAUCCAAAACGGGAUAUAGAGAAGAUGUAUCGCCAGAUCUUGGUGGACCCUGACGACCAAUCACUGCAGCGUAUACUUUGGCGGAGGUCAAACGAUGAACCCAUAAAAGAAUAUAAUCUCAAGACUGUAACCUAUGGAACGUCAGCUGCGCCAUUCCUCGCAACUAGAACCUUGAAGCAAAUCGCCAAUGACAACGCCAGUGCACAUCCGAAAGCAUCUGAAGCAAUUUCACAGUAUUUCUACGUAGACGAUUUUAUGGCAAGCGCUACCGACGAAGCUACUGCGAUUCAGCUUAAAGAAGAGAUUUGCGCCCUGUUGUUUGAUGCUGGGUUACAUCUGCGCAAGUGGUCUUCAAAUUCAGCAACCUUCUUGGAAAGUAUUCCAAGUGAGGAUCGAGAGGUUCAAUCAGAUACCUGUAUAGACUCUACAUGCACAGUAAAGACACUGGGACUCUUAUGGGAUACAUCGACCGAUAGUUUUAAGCGUUUACAGCCUAGGGUAUUUGAUCCCAUCGGAUGGUUGUCGCCAGUGGUCAUAUCAAUGAAGAUAUUCAUGCAAAAACUGUGGUUGAGAGGAAUAGGAUGGGACGAGGCAUUACCGCACGACCUUUACACUCAAUGGGUUGAGUAUCGAGAAAGCAUCAACCGCAUAUUACAGUUACAUAUUCCCCGUUGGAUACGUUACUCCAAUGAGAAGCUCGUACAACUACAUGGAUUUGCAGACUCCUCGGAGCUGGCAUACGCAGCAACUAUAUACAUUAGAGUUCACCAUGAAAAUGGGCAAAUAUCAACAAAUUUAAUAGCUGCCAAGACGCGUGUGGCUCCAGUUAAACAAAUCACACUACCAAGGCUUGAGCUAUGUGGUUCACAUCUUAUGACGAAAUUAAUGACUAAAGUACAAAAUGCGCUGGAAUUGUCAAAGGCUGAAACCUUUGGAUGGACGGAUUCCACAAAACACAAUCCUGCAGAUCUUGCCAUAAGGGGAUUGUGUCCUCAAGAACUUCUAUCUAACGACAUUUGGUGGCAUGGUCCAGGUGAACUAAAAGACAUUCCAGAGACGUGUCACUUAGUGCCUCCUCUGGAAGAUGACAUAACGCAGGAAGAACGGAAAAGCACGGUUGCACUUGCAAGCGUAACAACUGAGGUUUCGGUGAUAGAGCGCUACUCCUGUUAUACACGACUGCUGCGAAUCACAUCACUUCUUUUGCGAUUUGUCAACAACUGCAAAGCUAAGUGCAUUAAUAGCAAAGGUAAUAAUCAAUCCAUUACAACCAGUGAACUACGCACGGCGCAUGAUGUCCUGGUUAGAUCAGCGCAAGCAGGAUCUUACACAUUCGAGUUACGAACUAUCGGUCAAGGUAGGCAGUUACCAUCUUCACAUAAGUUGGCACCACUUGCUCCAUUUAUUGACGAACAAGGAUUGCUCCGCGUAGGUGGCAGAGUUACCAACGCGAAAAUCAAUUAUAAUCAGAAACAUCCAUUCAUAAUGGACAAAACUCACCCGUUAACUAAACUAAUUGUACGUGACUAUCACAUACGUUACUUGCAUGCCGGACAUAGGCAAUUACAUUAUCUCUUGGCUCUUAAGUACUAG